CGGUUAAGCUCUUACGCUCCAUCACAAAGCAGGCAGGCUAAUAAACACAAAUUGGAGAUUCUUCAUCCGCCUUUAAGCGAGCACAACAAUGUACAAAAAUUACUUUGCAAAGAGCUGCCGUAUAGACAUAAGUACGUUGUGAAUGAGGACGGCGCUUGACUAUUUCGCUCUGGCCAACCCUCCCUCUCUUAAACUCCACCUUUGGCCCAUCCAAUCCUCUUAUUAUGACCAAAGUUAUCCUUCCUCAUCACUCACUCCAUCCGUACAACGUUCUUUUAUUCUUCCAUUUCACAUCAUCAUCACAAACACCAACCUACUCGAUCCGUCUCACUUGACUCGCACUCCCAACACGGCUUCUCAUGGUGCGUCUCUUUUGGUCAUCUUUCUCUUAAUAAUUUCUAAUUUCACACGGCCCAAUCAAUCAAUUUGCUGCCUUCCGAAAGAAAGCACGGCCAUAUCCCACGUACGUUUGGUGCACACACUCUGCAUAUCAAAAUGGACAGCCAAGUGUUGAAUCGGCGGAAGUGAGAGUGCAGGCAGGGUAGCAGACUGUAACGAGCCGAGUGAGUGGGAAUACGAGAAAGUGAGAGAGAGAGACAAAGGCAGUUUUCCCUGCUAAAGCUCAGAACCCGGUUGACGGUAGCCGGAGAAAGUGAGAAACUACUUUCUUCCUCUCAGAGUAUCGUCACUGCUUGCUGACCACUUGGUCAUGGCUGUUGACACCGUGUCAAGUACAAACUCAGCAAAGGCUGAAAGUGAAUCAUCCGACGAGAAGACAACCACAGUGUUACCAUCAUCAAGUCCAGAGUCUCAGCAUGAAGAAGUCCCAGCUCCAGGCACAAUUUCCGGUCCUCACUCUAUUGAUGCCAUUUUAGGAAUCAAGGCUGCUUCGGAGAGAAACAUUGGAGGUGGGAUUGUUAAUGGAAGUGCAUUAAGUAGUGGACAACUCCACUUUCUCCACUCGCUUCAUCACCACCACCACCACAAUAAUCCCAACUUUCCCAAUCAUCAUCAUCACCAUCACUAUCUGAACUUUCUUGCAAAUAACAAUAAUCAUGUUGACAAACCUUUUGGGGGAGGAGGAGGAGGUGGAAAGAGUUUGAGUGAGGAGGGUGCUUUCCCAGCUGAGGAGGGAUAUCAAGGGGGCGAAUUUAAUCCUGCUGACGUGAAACUGUCGCCGGGAAACAUGAGCGUGGGGACUGGUUUCGAGUUCCAGAGGGGAGGAGGAGGAGGAGGCAGAGGGCGAGGAGGGGGAAGCAGCGACACGAGCGAAGAGUCGCGACGAGGGGUGAAGAGGUCAAGAAUCAAGGAUCUCCACUCCUCUGAUUUAUCUGCAGAUGAGGGAGAUUACUCCGGGAUUGGGACGAAAAUUCGCCCUGGCUCCGUAGGCUCUGAUACGUCAUCCGAUUUCGGAACCGGUGAUGGAUUGCCCAACGGUGGCGGUGGCGGCAGUGUGUGUGGUGGGAACAUUUCACAGAGUUUCGUUGCUAAUAAUAAUAAUAACCACCACCACCACCACCAAGGAACCAAAGGGGGUCACCACCAUCCCCACAACAAUCAUGACCACGAUGACCUGGAUAUUAAUGAUGAGGACGUGGAUGGUCCGGACGAGGACCACCCAUCCUCUCCUGGGGGAGCAGACUCCAUCGGCGAGCCCAAGAAGAAACAUCGAAGAAAUCGCACCACUUUCACCACGUACCAACUCCACGAGCUGGAACGGGCAUUUGAAAAAUCUCACUAUCCUGAUGUUUAUUCGAGAGAAGAACUCGCUAUGAAAGUCAACCUGCCUGAAGUUAGAGUACAGGUCUGGUUUCAAAACCGUCGUGCAAAAUGGAGGAGACAAGAAAAGAUGGAAGCCGCUCGUUUAGGUCUGGGUGACUAUCCACUCUCAGCCCUGGGUCGAAGUCCCGGCGGUUCAUCUGCAAACCAGGCAGCAAUGGCUGGGUUGCUGGGGGCCGCAGCGUCUAACCAGGCAGCUCUUUCAUUUAUGACUGACCCUUGGUUGGCAGCAUCACCCCUUUUGGGCUCCACACUGUCCCACGCCCUCCCUGGAUUCCUAUCACACCCAAACACUUGCUACCCCAGCUACUUGACCCCCCCUACGUCUGCAGGUAGUCUCUUUUCAGGAAGUCACCAUCACCACCACCACCCACACCACCACACCACUCUCAUUGAACCCAGAAGCGGAGUGAAGUUGAACUCCCCUCUGACCGCUCACCACCUGAGCCCCAUCAACACGCCGACCACGGUUGGAGGGGGUGGAGGGUCACCGGGGGCCACCAACUCCGACUCUAGUCCAAUGGGCCGAUCAUCCAGCAUUGCAGCUUUGAGGAUGAAAGCAAAAGAACAUAUCGAGACCCUGUCCAAAGUCAUUCAAAUUACUUAAAUAUUUUGGCAAUGAUGGAUCUCUAAGAAAUUGGUGGUUUACACCCGCAACAACCCCACAUUACAUACAUAAGUAUAUCAUACAAACACGUUAAUCACGUAUAGAUUUCCCUGGGCAUGUUAACUUGUAUGUAUUUAUUUAACCAUAAUCUAACAAUAAUAAUAUAAUUCGUAGGGGUACUUAAUAGUUGGGUGUGUUGAAUAGAAAUGUUACUGUAAUAAAUUAUUAAAGUGCAUAUGUCAUGACGUAGAAAACCAAUGAAUAAAGCUGUGAAAUUAUUAUUCGUUGUAAACUAUA